AGCACCAAGACUGGAAAGCUGGCUGCCGGGCAACCGACAACCAGAUCUUCCGACCCCAGGAAGGGCCAGGCGGGAUCUCCAAGCAGGAUGACUUUGGGAAUCUUUGCAAAUUGUAUAUUCUGCUUGAGAGUUAAGUACUUACCUCGUCAGCAGAAGAAAAAGCUGCAAGCUGAUAUUAAGGAAAAUGGCGGAAAGUUUUCCUUUUUAUUAAACCCUCAGUGCACACAUGUCAUCAUAGACAGUGCUGAUGUCCUGAGUCGGUGUCAUCUGAACUCCAUCCAAAAGAAUGAUGUCCAGAUUGCAAACCCAGCAUUCAUACAGGACUCUGUCAGGCAGAGGAGACUCCUGGAUGUGAAGAAUUACGAUCCUAUGUCACCGGCUAUGACAGCAUCUUCAGCUGAGAAGAGUGGUUCUGAAGUGCAAACAGAAGAUCUGCCUUCGGACAACACCCCAGAGAAGGAAAACAGCGAAGUCAUUGAGGUUUCUACAGAGAAUGUUGAAAUUCCUCCCGUACUUCAAGACUUUGAAGUUGUGAAAUAUAACAUCUUGGAAAAAGUGGGAGUAGACCAAGGCCCCGAGACUGUGGUGGUGGAGCUGCAGAGCUCCCGGGACCCUGAGAGCUGCCCCUUUGUGAUAGCAGCACACUUCCUCCUGGCUGACCAAAAGACUAGAAGAGAGAGCACUGGGAAGCAAACCGCCGAAGGUGCCAUUGAAUAUUAUGAAGGUUACGUGGAAGACCUGAAGAGACAAGGAUUUCUGCUCCAAGAACACUUUACGACUGAAGCAACACAGUUAGCCUCUGAGAAACUGCAGGCAUUGCUUUUGGAGGAGGUCAUAAGUUCAGGCACCCUGAGCCAGGAGGUGGUCAACUUGCUGGAGGUGAUCUGGACAGAAGCUCUGGGCCACCUGGAGCACACGCUUCUUAAGCCAGUGAACAGCAUAAGCCUGAACGACGUGAGUAAAGCAGAAGGGAUUCUCCUUCUGGUAAAAACAGCACUGAAGAAUGGAGACUCACCAGAACAACUGCAGAAGACAAUGGCUAAGUUCUACCGGUUGCUGCCCCACAGACAUCCAGCAUCAGAGGAAGUUAACCUGAGGCUGUUAGCUCAGAAAGAGGACCUUUGUCAGCUGGUAAGAGACAUGGUGAAUGUUUGUGAAACUAAUUUAUCCAAACCCAACCCACCAUCUCUUGCCAAAUACCGAGCUUUGAGAUGCAAAAUUGAACAUGUUGAAAAGAAUACUGAAGAAUUUUCCAGGGUUAGAAAAGAAUUACUACAGAAUAAUCGAAGUGAACAUCCAGUAGAUAUCUUGCAGAUAUUUAGAGUUGGCAGAGUGAAUGAAGCUACGGAGUUUUUGAGUAAACUGGGCAAUGUGCGACCCUUGUUCCAUGGAUCUCCUGUGCGGAACAUUCUUGGAAUCUUGUCCCGAGGGCUACUCUUACCUAAGGUAGCUGAAGACCGCGGUGUGCAAAGAACAGAUGUUGGAAAUCUGGGGAGCGGGAUCUACUUCAGUGACUCACUCAGUACAAGCAUUAAGUACGCACAUGCAGGAGAGACAGAUGGCUCUAGACUCCUGGUCGUCUGUGAUGUUGCCCUGGGAAAGUGUGUGGACUUAUUCAAGAAGGACUUUUCCUUAACUGAGGCACCACCAGGCUAUGACAGUGUCCAUGGAGUUUUGGAAACAGCCUCUGUCCCCACAGACUUUCAGGAUGAUGAAUUUGUUGUAUAUAAAACCAAUCAAAUUAAAAUGAAAUACAUUGUUAAAUUUUGCAUUCCUGGAGAUCUAAUAAAGGAAUUCCAUCCUCGUGAAAAUACUGAAUUAGAGGAGCAUGGGGCUGAGCUUUCUAGUGUUCCAGAGACUGAAGAUUUCCAGUUACCAGACAUCAAGCCUCUCACAAACAUCAAAGCUGGCCUUCAGGAUUCGGCUGCGAAUUCUGUCCCUCUUGACAGUGUUCACAUCAAGGGAAGAAUAAUAGACUUUGUAGCCCAGAUCAUUGUUUUUCAGACAUACACAAAUCAAAGCCACGUGCCUAUUGAGGCAAAAUAUAUCUUCCCAUUGGAUGACAAGGCAGCCGUGUGUGGCUUCGAGGCAUUCAUCAACGGGAAGCACAUCGUAGGAGAGAUAAAGGAGAAGGAAGAGGCCCAUCAGAAAUACCAAGAGGCUGUCAGCCACGGCCAUGGUGCUUACUUGAUGGACCAGGACGCUCCGGAUGUUUUCACUGUAAGUGUUGGAAACUUACCCCCUCGGGCUAAAGUUCUCAUCAAAAUCACCUACAUCACUGAACUCAGCAUCCAAAGUCCUGUGGCCAUCUUCUUCAUCCCUGCCACUGUAGCACCGUGGCAACAGGACAAGGCAUUGAAUGAGAACCUUCAGGACACAGUGGAGACGGUUUGUAUAAAGGAAAUUGGAGCAGAGCAAAGCUUCUCCCUGACUAUGUCCAUUGAGAUGCCCUACAUGAUUGAAUUCAUUUCCAGCGACACACAUGAACUGAGACAAAAGCGCACAGACUGUAAAGCUGUAAUUAGUACCAUGGAAGGCAGCUCCUUGGACAGCAGUGGAUUUUCUCUUCACAUUGGUUUGCGUGAUGCGUAUCUCCCAAGAAUGUGGGUUGAAAAACAUCCAGAAAAAGAAAGCGAGGCCUGCAUGCUUGUCUUUCAACCGGAGCUUGCAGACGUCCUCCCUGACCUCCAUGAAAAGAAUGAAGUGAUUAUUUGUCUUGACUGCUCCAGUUCCAUGGAGGGUGUGACAUUCACAGAAGCCAAGCAGGUUGCCCUGUACGCUCUGUCUUUGCUGGGUGAGGAGCAAAAAGUCAACAUUAUCCAGUUUGGCACAGGUUACAAGGAACUAUUUUCAUAUCCUAAGUGCAUCACGGACAAUAAAGUGGCCACAGAGUUCAUUAUGUCUGCAGCACCUUCCAUGGGGAACACAGACUUCUGGAAAUUUCUUCGCUACUUAAGUUUCCUGUACCCUUCAGAAGGGUUACGAAACAUUCUCCUCAUAUCUGAUGGGCACCUCCAGAGUGAGAGUCUGACAUUGCAGCUUGUGAAAAGAAAUAUCCAGCACACCAGAGUGUUCACCUGUGCUGUUGGUUCUACAGCAAAUCGUCACAUCUUAAGGACCUUGUCUCAGUGUGGUGCUGGAGUAUUUGAAUAUUUUAACUCAAAAUCUAAGCACAGUUGGAAAAAACAGAUAGAAGCCCAAAUGACCAGGAUACGUUCCCCAAGUUGCCACUCUGUCUCUGUCAAAUGGCAGCAACUUAGCAGAGAUGCCCCUGAGCCCCUGCAGGCCCCGGCGUGGGUGCCCUCCUUGUUUCACAAUGAUCGACUCCUGGUCUAUGGAUUCAUUCCUCAUUGUACACAAGCAACUCUGCGUGCACUCAUCCAAGAGAAAGAAUUUUGCACAAUGGUGUCAACUACAGAGCUUCAGAAGACAACGGGGACUAUGAUUCACAAGCUGGCAGCACGGGCACUAAUCAGGGAUUAUGAAGAUGGCAUUCUCCACGACAAUGAAACCAAUCACGAGAUGAAGAAAAACAUCAUGAAAUCUCUGAUUAUCGAACUCAGUAAAGAAAAUUCUCUUAUUACACAAUUUACAAGCUUUGUGGCAGUUGAGAAAAGGGAUGCUAAUGAGAUUCCUUCUGCUAAUGUCCCAAAUAUUUUGGAACUUGUUGCCAAAGAAGAUGUAGACUUUCUACCAUACGUGAGUUGGCAAGAAAAGCAACCAGAGGCCUCCAUAUCACAGGCAGAGAUGGAGUCUUCAAGACUAAAGCAAGAUGAAGUCACUGGUGGCAAUGGAUCGCUACAGCCCUUCUCCAUCUCCUCUGAAGGGAAUAAGAAACCAUCACUGCUAUCCACUGCUAAAAAAUGUAAAAGAAAGGCUUUAAAGUUGUGUAGUCUAGACGUUUCUGAAGAUUUUGAAGGAAUGACCGCAGUAGCACAGUCACCUGCAACAGCGCAGUCUCUUAACUUCCACCUGCCUCUCAAUGUCCACCCACAACCAAAAGACGUGGAGCAGCCACUGGAUGUGAACCGGAUGGAGCCAAAGAAAAAAGGAGGAUUUCAAAAACUGCUUAUGGCAGCCAAGCCUCAAAAUGUGCCUGUUUCCCUGGAUUCUUUUGCACCUGCAGUUGCAGCUGGGUUUUCUGCCUUCCCAUCUCCACUCUGCAACAUCCCUCCUCCUCCUCUUCCUUCCCAUCUCCUUGGUGGCACUCACUUUCCUCCCCCUUCCACUCUCUUUGGUGGCACUUCCACUCUCUUUGGUGGCACCCACCCUCCUCCCCCUUCCACUCUCUUUGGUGGCACCCACCCUCCUUCCCCUUCCACUCUCUUUAGUGGUACCCACCCUCCACCCUCUUCCACUCUCUUUGAUGGCACUUCCCCUCCUCCCCCUUCCACUCUCUUUGGUGGCACCCACCCUCCUCCCCCUUCCACUCUCUUUAGUGGCACCCACCCUCCUCCCCCUUCCACUCUCUUUAGUGGCACCCACCCUCCUCCUCCUUCCACUCUCUUUGGUGGCACCCACUCUUCUUCCUCUUCCACUCUCUUUGGUGGCACCCACCCUCCUCCCCCUCUUCCUUUCUCUGGUGGCACCCAUCUUCCUCCCCCUGUCUUUGGUGGCACCCACCCUCCUCCCUUUUCCCCUCUCUUUGGUGGCACGCAUCUUCCUCCCCCUCCCCCUGGGGCCACCCAAUUUUCUCUUUCCUCUAUAGGAUUCAUCCCACCUAAGUUGGGUACACCUAAGCCCAGCUUUAGCUUUAAGCUUGCCAGAGAUACAGAUAUCUAUGACUCAGAGACACCUCUCUUGGGCUUGAGGGGUACAGGCUUUAGGGAUAUGGGCCUUAGUGGUGGUACCACUUUCUCAGGUAGCUUCACUAGUUCAAAGGAUUUUGAUCCAGAUAAAUUUUCCCAAGACUCCAACAAUAUCAGCUUCUCUCCCAAAACCCCUGUGCUGGAUGCUCUUCACAGGUCACCUUUUUGCAGUCCUCCUAAGCCACCUUCUGCCCCUCCUCUUGUCACCAAUGUACUUAGCUCUGGGGUCCCUCAGAGAUCUUUUCUUCAUUUGCAAAGUGCCUCAGUCCAUCAGAGCCCUAAUUACAGAAUGUCAGAUAUCAGCAUGGAGCCACGGGAGUCAGCUCGGCCAUUAGAUGACUUCGUUCUAGAAGAGACCUCACUGGGUGGAAGUUUUUUUGAAACGGAAACAGUUGAAGCAGCAGCAUAUACAGCAUGCAAGUUCUUAACAAGUAUUGAGACUUUGUCAGAUGAGGAAUUUGUCAUCUGUGAUGAAGACCAGGAGAGUCCUGUGUCAUGGACUUCACUCUUUGCUCUACAGACUGAGGAUGGUUUUUGGAAACUGACACCAGAACUAGGACUUAUACUAAAACUUAAUGUAAAUGCUCUACUCAGUUCUCUUGAAGAAAAGGGUAUUCGAUCUUUAGGUACAAAAGGGAGAGAGCGUCUCCUGGACCUGAUUGCCACUUUGCUCGUACUGCAGUUUCUUUAUACCGAGUUGGAACAAGAAGGAAUGGUUGCCAAAUCUCUGAUAAAGAUGGAUGAUGCUCUCAUUUCUAGGAAUAUUCCAUGGGCUUUUGAGAACAUAAAGAAAGCAAGAGAAUGGGCCAGAAGAACAGAAGGACAGUAUCCAUCCAUCUGCCAACGGCUUGAGCUGGGUAAAGACUGGGAGUCAGCCACAAAGCAACUACUGGGAAUUCAGCCCCAAGCCAACACUUCUCUUCACCGAAUUCUACACUACAGCCAAGGCUGAAGCCAAUGAAAUUGCAUUUUAAACUUUUCUCAUGAUUCUUUUGUUGCUGUUUUGUUUUUGUUUUCUCAAGACAGGGUUUCUCUGUGUAGCCCUGGCUAUCCUGGAAGUCACUCUGUAGAGCAGGCUGGCCUCACACUCAAGGGAUCUGCCUUGAGUUUUGAGUGCUGGGAUUAAAGAUGUAUACACCAUUGCCCUGUUGCCUUUCUCAUAUUUCUAUGUAGAAACUAAUCAAAUAGUAAAAGGUACCAAUAAUGACAUGUAAUCUGUCUUAAGUGUAGCUAUCAGCCCCUUUAAAAUAAAAUUAAUGGAAAGAAUUGAUUAAUCAUUUAACAACAAUAAAAGCUGUUAA